AUGGCAGAUCAGGGGAAUGAUAAAAAAUCCUGCUAUAAUUGUGUCAAGCGACGUAUCGUCUGUGACAAGACCGAAAAUCAGUGCGGUAAAUGCACCAAAAAGAAUCUAAAAUGCCCCGGGUAUGGUGUAAGAUAUCGCUUUGCCAAAGGGGCGACCAGCUCUAGCCUACUGUCGGUGUCAUCUUCAGAAGGAGACCAUACUAGAUCGAAACGACCAAGAAGACCUUAUAAGUGGAUCGAAUGUUCGAGUAGAUUAAAGACCGCAUCACGAGUUUCGAAUGCGCCACCGAUAACUUGGACCCCAAAAUCCGUCUACACUUCUUGCAUUGUAAACUUCUAUCUUCUCACAAUCAGAGCUAUCAACCUGGUACUGACAGUUAAAGUUACUGCGCACGUGUCUCCCUUCAUGGUACUAUUCGACGAUGAGACGAAUGGUUACAGACAUCAUAUACUGCCUAUAGCGUACAAUGAACUUCUCGUUCAAAAAGCCGUCUGUAUCGCAUCGGCCUUCCAUCUCUCGUCACAGAGGCCACAGCUUCGUGCCCCCGCUGAGAUUGUGAGGGCUAGCUUGAUCCGUAAGCUCUCCGAAGCUUCGGCGGUGAGCCCUGAUCUGAGCGAGACUACCUGGGCGACCCUUGUCCUUCUGAUAGUGGCCGAUCUCGUGAUAGGUCAUGAGGAUGUAUCGACUUUAUACAAGCUCCUCACUGUGUUUCUCGAGGCCCGAGGGCCUCUGAAAGAACCAGCAACUCAGUUAGAGAAGUUCUUGUAUUUCCAGUCUUGCAUCAUAGGAUUCUUUACGCAGCCAUUCUCUUCUCUCGAAGCUCGACCUAUUCGUCCUCCACGGAUGUCAAGUGAUCCGGUUGCCAUGUUUAAGCGCUACGCGCACGGCCUCGAGAACUGUCAGCAACAAAAGAACCUUCCACAACGCAAGGGUUACGAUUUCUCGAAAUACUUCCCCGUGUACGAACAGUUGUUUCGACUCGCGGGGGAGAUAUAUACGACGAGAGCGGAAUCAGAAAUAUCCUCGCGCAGUCUAGAAUAUCAUAUGGAAGAUCGCGUGCAGCAAAUUAGGACUCUCUAUGAGCAGCUUGACCAGACCGCACCAGGGUCCCACGCUGUCGUAUGGCCAAUCUUCGUAGCCGCUGCCGAAAGCGUCUCAGAGGACCAUCGACAAUACUUUACGGCGGCGCUAAAGAGAAUAUACAGUACGGUAGGUUAUGCGAAUAUAUCACGUGGGUUUACGAUUCUUCCCGAGUUGUGGGCUCAACGAAGCAGAAAAAGCUGGACUUCUGCAAUAUUAGAACAUAAGGGCCUCGUCAUAUGUUGA